AUGACCGAUUCCCUCGUUAGUGCUCUACAGAGGGCACAUAUCGAUUCCGCCGACAAUGAUCAAACGGCGGACGAGUGGAUCGACAGCAUCCUUGACAGCCAGCGCCCCCGCAAACGGGUGAAGCAAGAUCAAGAUGCCCUUAAACGCUCCUUGGAAGAAAAAUACCUUACCCCAUCUACAUCUUUCUCCACAGAAUGGCUGAACAGACUCCAACAACGCUGGGACACUCCAACCGACUACGCCUCCCUCUUCAAGAUUGCGCCGACGCAAACCCGUACGAUUACCCGCUUCACCCGGGAAGGUUUCGAAGGCCGGGUUACAGGCUAUAAAGAAGUAACUGUCCCGGCGAACAGUGCGACUGCGAAAAACUCGACGUCUUUUAUGCGCAAACCGGCGAACAGGGCAGACUUUGUGCGUGGAGCUGCGGGCUUCUUCCCCUUUGCUCCAGGCGGUUUGGAUGGUGUGGAGGCUGCUGCGGCAAUAGAUGAUCAAGCGUUAAGAGCCGAAACAGCAAACGGAGCCGCAGAUGGCAAAAAUAGAUUAGAGCGGGUGAUCAAUUUUAGUGGCGAAGGAGGAUUACUGGCUGUCCCGCCGGGAUUUGAGAGAGGUUUAGAUUUCGACAAAGCUAAAAAGAGUGAAGAUGAAAUUAAGGAGGCGGAAGAGGUAGAAAACGUACUCGAGGAAGAGCCUGCUGAGGAGCCUGGUCAAACUACUUCAGGGGAGGCUGCGAAUCGAAACGGGGAAUCGGGUGAUACGUCUGAGGAUGAUAACGAGGACGAUAUCGACUCAUUACUACCAGUUGAGUUUCCAGCAUUAGAGCCACAUGGUGUCUUGGCUGCCUCCAGUACGAAUAAGAAGGGCAGAGAAUGGGCACAUAUGGUAGACGUCAAACGAGAAAUAACCAACUUCCGGGAGCUGGUACCUGAUAUGGCGAGAGACUGGCCUUUCGAGCUCGACACUUUCCAGAAAGAAGCAGUAUAUCACCUGGAGAGUGGGGACUCGGUCUUUGUUGCUGCACACACAUCUGCAGGUAAGACGGUCGUUGCAGAGUAUGCUAUUGCUUUGGCAGCGAAACACAUGACAAAGGCCAUUUAUACAUCACCUAUCAAGGCGCUGAGUAACCAGAAAUUUCGAGAUUUUAGAGAAAUCUUUGACGAAGUUGGUAUUCUCACUGGAGAUGUCCAGAUUAAUCCCGAGGCAAGCUGUCUUAUCAUGACAACAGAAAUUCUGCGGAGUAUGCUUUACAGGGGAGCAGAUCUAAUUCGAGACGUGGAGUUUGUCAUAUUUGAUGAAGUCCAUUAUGUUAAUGACUUAGAGCGAGGUGUUGUUUGGGAAGAGGUGAUUAUUAUGUUACCAGAGCAUGUUACCUUGAUAUUACUCUCCGCCACGGUUCCUAAUACCUAUGAAUUUGCUUCUUGGGUUGGCCGGACGAAGAGGAAAGAUAUAUAUGUUAUUUCUACGCCAAAAAGACCGGUACCUCUGGAGCAUUACCUUUGGGCCGACAAAGGAAUUUAUAAAAUUGUUGAUGCAGACAAGAAAUUCAUUGACAACGGCUGGAAGGAUGCAAAUGAUGUCUUGUCUGGCAGGGAUAAAAUCAAGGCACUUACAGCACCGGUAAAUAACUCUCGCGGAGGUGGCGCCGCUCGAGGAGGCAGAGGACAACCCGCUCGGGGUGGCCAGCAAAGAGGUGGACAACGCGGAGGUGCUCCACAAAGGGGCCGUGGUGGACCUCAGAGAGCAAGCCAUACUCCUGGGCACAUGGGCAGAGGUGGUAGACCUGGAGGUCGGACUACAGCUGCUCAAGAUAAGACCUUAUGGGUCCACCUAGUUCAGUUUCUAAAGAAGGAGACCCUUCUGCCCGCCUGCAUCUUCGUCUUUUCCAAGAAACGUUGCGAGGAGAAUGCAGAUGCACUCAGCAAUCAAGACUUUUGCACUGCAACAGAGAAGAGCGCAAUCCAUAUGAUCAUCGAGAAAUCUAUCGCACGCCUCAAGCCAGAAGACAGGAUACUUCCGCAGAUUAUAAGACUACGAGAUUUACUAGGCCGAGGAAUCGCCGUUCAUCAUGGUGGACUACUUCCAAUUGUCAAAGAGGUUGUGGAAAUGCUGUUCGCUCAAACGUUGGUCAAAGUGCUAUUUGCAACAGAGACUUUCGCCAUGGGACUCAAUUUACCUACUCGAACUGUUGUCUUUUCUGGAACUCGUAAACAUGACGGUCAUUCUUUCAGAAACUUGUUGCCGGGUGAGUACACUCAAAUGGCCGGCAGAGCCGGGCGUCGAGGUUUAGACACUGUGGGAUCAGUCAUUAUCGUUGCACCUGGUGGAGGUGAGGCCCCACCAGUGUCUGAGUUGCGUCAAAUGAUACUGGGGGAACCAUCAAAACUUCGCUCACAGUUCAGAUUAACAUAUAACAUGAUCUUGAACUUGCUUAGAGUUGAGGCAUUGAAGAUUGAAGAGAUGAUUAAGCGAAGUUUCAGUGAGCAUGCUACUCAACAAUUACUACCCGAGCAUGAAAAGGCCGUUAAGGUUUCGGAGGCCGAUCUCUUGAAGAUCAAGCGGGAUGCUUGUGAUAUCUGCGAUAUUGAUAUCGACACGUGCCACCAAGCUUCUCAGGAUUUCAGACAGCUCACUGUUGAUCUCCAUCUUGCUUUACUAGCUACCCCUGUUGGACGACGGAUGUUUGCUCCCAAGAGACUCAUAGUAUACAAUCGAGAGGGUGUGAGAACUCCAGGAAUUCUCCUUCGAGAAGGAGCUGCUCACGGAACGCAGCCAACAGUCCACGUCUUGGAAAUCCGAACUCAGAGAGACCAGCGGGACUCGACAGAUCUGUUGCCAUAUUUACCAAAGUUCCGCCACCUUUUUACAAACCUUCCUCAGUUCCGAAAGCACAUCGGCUUCAGAACGCUUCAGAUCCCUGCUGCUGAUAUUGAAUGUCUUACGGGAACGAUUGUUAAGGGGGUCAUACCCGAGAUUUUCAAUGGCGGUGACGGAUAUCAAAAGGCUAAAGAUGAGCUCAAGCGUCUAUGUUCGUCCUGGUUGCUUGAUGAAUGGAAUGAGAUGGAUUCUUCCAAGAUCAAAGACUUAGCGCUUCGGGAUAUUCUCACCAAGCGUUUUGACUUAGCGGCCACUGCGCAAACUGCGGGCUGCCUGAAAUGUCCCCAAUUCCUCAAGCAUUUCGCCAUGUGUUAUGACCAAUGGCUAAUAAAAGAAAAUAUCUCCGAACUCCGUCAACUCAUGUCUGAUCAAAACCUUCAACUCCUCCCAGACUAUGAACAGAGAAUCAAAGUCCUACAAAACCUAGACUUUAUCGAUGACAGCUCCCGCGUGCAACUCAAAGGCAAAGUAGCCUGCGAGAUCCACUCAGCUGACGAGCUCGUCCUUACCGAACUCAUCCUCGACAACGUCCUCGCGGCCUACGAACCCGCAGAAAUCGUCGCCCUCCUCUCCGCCUUCGUCUUCCAAGAAAAAACAGACACGGUCCCCAACCUCACCGCAAACCUAGAGAAAGGCAUGAAAACCAUAAUCGAAAUCUCCGAAAAGGUCAACGAACGGCAAACCUACCAUCAAGUCAUCCUCUCCGCCGACGACUCCAACGACUUCGUCUCCCGGCCCCGGUUCGGGUUGGUGGAAGUUGUGUAUGAGUGGGCACGCGGGAUGAGCUUCAAGAACAUCACGGAUCUGACGGAUGUUCUGGAGGGGACUAUUGUCAGAGUUAUCACGAGGCUGGACGAGACUUGUAGGGAGGUUAAGAAUGCAGCGAGGAUUAUUGGAGAUCCUGAGUUGUUUACUAAGAUGCAGACUUGUCAGGAGAUGAUCAAGAGGGAUAUCACAGCGGUGGCAAGUUUAUAUAUGUAG